AUGGCAACUUCAUUGCCUUUCUUGCUUAUUUUCAUGCUUCUUGCAUUUUAUGCCAAAACAAAUGCUACUUCUUCAUCAGUUUCAUCAAUAGCAAAAGACCAAGUCCCAUGUACAAUGUGUGUUGAGUGUGAGAAUCCAUGUCAACCUCUACCACCUCCACCUCCACAGGUGAUUGAGUGUCCACCACCGCCAGCACCAGCACCGCCGUCACCGCCUCCGCCAUCUCCUCCACUUCCACCAGCUAUCAUCGAAUGUCCGCCACCGCCGCCUCCAAAGUUACCGUGUCCUAAUAAUUGUGAAGUUCCAUACCCUCCACCACAAUAUUCAUAUUUUUCUCCGGGGACACCAUUUGCUUACUAUGCACCACCAGAUUAUGAGGACAAGAGUAGCGGUGAAACGAUGAUGCCAUUUGAUGCAGUACUCUUCUUGAGUCCGAAUUCACACUCAGUGUAUUCUAUGAUUCAUCGGUGCUUGGUUUAUGGGGUCUUUCUUUGCCUUACUUAUUGUUUUGUUGUUUAG